GCUGACGCGGUCGUGGAAGAUUGUCCUGAGCGUGGUGCUGGCACUGACUCUCCUCCUCGUCGGGUUCCGGAGCCACGUGUGGCCGAGAGGACACUCCGUCCAGAAGCCCCGGCGGCUCUACACCGUGAUCGCGGAAUACGGCUCCCGGCUCUCCAACUACCAGGCCCAACGUCAGAUGCCCAAGGAGCAGCGGGAACUCUUCAGGAAGGAGAGCCAGACUUUGGAAAGCAACUUGCGUGAAAUUCUACUUUUAAUGGAACAAAUCGAUGUUCUGAAGGCGUUGCUGAGAGAUACGCGGGCCGGUCUGCACAAUUACAGCUGGAGCCCCGACGGCGACCCCAUGGAGGCCCAGGGCCAGGCGGAGGUCAUGGACAAGGAAAUGUCGAACUUGGUAAACUAUGUGCUUAAGAAGCUGAGAGAAGACCAAGUCCAGAUGGCGGAUUAUGCCCUGAAGUCGGCAGGAGCCUCCAUCGUUGAAGCUGGGACCUCGGAAAGUUAUAAAAGCGACAAAGCAAAGCUGUACUGGCACGGGAUCGGGUUCUUAAAUCACGAAAUGCCUCCAGAGAGCAUCCUCCAG